CGUACCACGUCUUGUUGUCCCGUACCAUUGACACCCGUACCACUGUGUCUAACUAGUCUGAAUCAUUGUUCAGUACCAACCACUAUUAUCGUCUUCGAUUAGCACUACAUACAAGCCUGCUAAUUCUACUAGUCGUCAAUUAGAUCUAGACAUCUAUUAAUAUCCCCCGUCCUACUAGUGUACCACCGUCACUAGCUACCAGCACGAGUCGCUAUUAGUAUUAUCAUCUGAUAGCCGAAGUCUGCUGCUCCCCUAUCCACAUCUACCCCCAGUGCUCACUACUACUUACCCAGAACUUUGCACACCCCAUAUCUAGCCAUGCCCUCCACAACCUCUUUCCACCGUCCGUUCUCAUUGAACCACGGCUCCAUCGAACACACCUUGUUGGUUCCCAACGACUUGUUCUUCAACUACUCGCAAUUGAAGGACCUGUUCAUCAAGACCUUGCCCGAAGUCACCGAAGGCUUUGCUGACGACAAUGAACCUUCCUCGCCUGCCGAGUUGUACGGUAAGUUCCUCGGCUUCAUCGCCUCGCUCGUCACACCAAACCAGCCCGGCCAGUUCGACCAGGUCUUGAAGUUGUCGCUCCAGGACUUCACCUCUCGUUUCUUGAAGUCGCACAACGACAACAUCCAUGCUUUUGCCGUGACAUUGUUGGCUGACGACGUCAACUACCCAACAACCCCAGCCAAGAUCAAGGACAACAUCAUCAAAAACUACUACAAUGCCGUCAUCAACUCCAACACCAAGAUCGACAAAGUCGUUUCGAACUUGUUGUACCAAGCUGAAGCUGGUGAUGCCAAGUUGGUGGCUAUCUUUGGUGGUCAAGGUAACACUGACGAUUACUUUGAAGAAUUGAGAGACUUAUACAAAUUAUACAAGGGAUUAAUCCACGAUGACUUGAUCGAGCCCUUUGCUGCCAAGUUGGCCAAGUUGGUCAAACAGGACUCCGCCUUCGACAAGAUUUACACCCAAGGAUUGAACAUCUUGUCGUGGUUGUCAAACCCAGAACAGACUCCAGACCAAGACUAUUUGUUGUCUGUGCCAGUAUCGUGUCCUGUGAUCUGUAUCAUCCAAUUGUGCCACUAUGCUAUCACCUGUAAGGUUUUGGGCUUAACUCCUGGCGAAUUGAGAUCGUACUUGAAUGCUGGUACCACUGGUCACUCGCAAGGUUUGGUCACAGCCGUAGCCAUUGCCUCUUCUGACUCCUGGGAUUCGUACUUUGAAAACUCGUUGAAGGCCAUUUCCCUCUUGUUCUUCAUCGGUUCCAGAUGUUUGAUGUCAUACCCAAGAACUACCUUGCCACCUACCAUGUUGCAGGACUCUCUUGAAAACGGUGAAGGUAGACCUUCUCCAAUGUUGUCAAUCAGAGACUUGUCAGCUUCUCAAGUUGAGAAGUUCAUUGACGAAACCAACAAGCACUUGCCUCAAGAAAAGCACAUCACUCUUUCCUUAAUUAACGGUGCCAGAAACUUGGUUGUGUCCGGACCUCCAGAAUCGCUCUACGGUUUGAACUUGACCUUGAGAAACAAAAAGGCUCCUAACGGUUUGGACCAACUGAGAAUUCCUCACUCCCAGAGAAAGUUGAAGUUCUCCAACCGUUUCUUACCUAUUUUCUCGCCUUUCCACUCGCCUCUUUUGGACAACGCUACUAUAGCAAUCUUGGAAGACGUAGAAGCUGAAAAUUUGAAUUUCCCUAAGAAGGACAUCAAGAUCCCCGUCUACGACACUUUCAACGGUGAAAACUUCCAGGACUACGACGAGUCGUCUACAUCUAUUAUCGAAAGAGUUGUGAGAUGUAUCACCCAAUUGAGAGUGAACUGGGAAUUGGCUACAGCUGUUCAAGCUACCCACAUGCUUGAUUUUGGUCCAGGUGGUGUUUCUGGUGUUGGUAUCUUGACCCACAGAAACAAGGAAGGUACUGGUUCCAGAUUCAUCAUUGCCGGCUCUUUAGAAGCCAGUGCUUUUGACGAUGAAUACGGUUUCAAGCACGAGAUCUUCCACACUUCUCCUUCUAAGAACGUUAAGCGUGCUCAAAAUUGGUUGACCGAGUUCAAGCCCACUUUGAUCAAGAACAACAGUGGCAAGAUCUUUGUUAACACCAAGUUCUCCCAGUUAUUGGGUAGAGCACCACUUAUGGUUCCAGGUAUGACUCCUACCACAGUUAAUCCUGAGAUCAUCGCUGCCUCCAUCAACGCUGGCUACCAUAUUGAAUUAGCUGGUGGUGGUUACUUCCACGGUCCAGGUAUGGAAGCUGCUAUCGAUGAAGUUGUUUCCAACAUCAAGCCAGGCUUCUCUUUUGGUAUCAACUUGAUCUACGUCAACCCUAGAAUGUUGCAAUGGGGUAUUCCUUUGAUUAAGGAAUUGAGAGAAAGAGGCUAUCCUAUCCAGUCUUUGACUAUUGGUGCUGGUGUUCCAUCCUUGGAAGUCUGUACUGAGUACAUCGAAGAACUCGGCUUGACCCACUUGGGCUUGAAGCCUGGUUCUAUUGAUGCCAUCAGUCAGGUAAUCAGCAUCGCUAAGGCUCACCCUAACUUCCCAAUUGUUUUGCAAUGGACCGGUGGUAGAGGUGGUGGACACCAUUCGUUUGAAGACUUCCACCAGCCUAUCUUGCAGAUGUACUCCAAGAUUAGAAGAUGCUCCAACAUUGUUCUUGUCGCUGGUUCUGGUUUCGGUUCUGAUGAAGACACAUACCCAUACUUGACUGGUUCGUGGGCUGCUGAGUUCAACUACCCUGCCAUGCCAUUCGAUGGUGUCUUGUUUGGUUCCAGAGUCAUGACUUCUAAGGAAGCCCACACUUCUUUGGAAGCCAAGAAGUUGAUUGCUCAAUGUGACGGUGUAGCCGAUUCUCACUGGGAAAACACUUACAAGAAGCCUUCUGGAGGUAUCAUCACUGUUAGAUCUGAGAUGGGUGAACCUAUCCACAAGAUCGCUACCAGAGGUGUUAUGUUCUGGAAGGAAUUGGACGACACAAUCUUCAACUUGCCUAAAAACAAGCUCUUAGAAGCCUUGAACAAGAAGAAGGAUUACAUCAUUGACAAAUUGAACAAGGACUUCCAGAAACCAUGGUUUGGUAAGAACUCCCAGGGAGUUUGUGACUUACAAGACAUGACCUACCAAGAGGUGGCCAACAGAAUGAUUGAGUUGUUGUAUGUUAAGAAGUCUGACAGAUGGGUGGAUAUCUCUUUGAGAAACUUCUUUGGUGAUUUCUUGAGAAGAACUGAAGAAAGAUUUACCUCUUCUUCUGGCUCCAUCUCGUUGAUCCAGAACUACAACCAAUUGGCCACUAAGCCACAACAGUUUUCCGAUGACUUCUUCAACCACUUCCCUGUUGCCAAGGACCAGUUGAUCUCUGAAGAAGACUGUGACUUCUUCUUGAUGUGUGCUCUUAGACCAACACAAAAGCCUUCUCCAUUCGUUCCAGUCUUGGAUGAAAGAUUCGAGUUGUUCUUCAAGAAGGAUUCAUUGUGGCAAUCCGAAGACUUGGAAACUGUUGUCGAUGAAGAUGUUCAGAGAACUUGUAUCUUGCACGGUCCUGUUGCAGCCCAGUUCACCAACAAAGUCAACGAACCUAUUGGUGAAAUCUUGGACUCCAUCCACGAAGGUCACAUUUCCAAGUUAGUCAAGGACUACUACAACGGUGAUGCCACCAAGAUUCCCGUUGUUGAGUACUUUGGUAACACUGCUCCUGUCAAGUUUGAAAGCUUGGCUAACGUAGACAUCAACAGAUCUUCUGACAAGAUUGUCUACAAGAUCGGUGCUACUCUUCCUGCUAAGAAGUGCUGGUUGAAGUUGUUAGCUGGAGAACAAAUCAACUGGUUGCAAGCUUUUAUCUCUACUGAUAGAAUUGUCCAGGGAAGCAAGCACAUCUCUAACUCUGUCCAUGACAUCUUGACUCCUGCUGCCAACAGCGUUGUCGAAAUCAGUCAUCCAUUGGAUGCUACCAAGACGACUUUGACUGUCUCUGAGCCAGUCAAGGGAGACUUGAAGCCAGUAGUGGAAAUCAAGUUAGCUAAGGCUAACACCAUCCAGUUGUCGUUGAUUGAGCACAGAACUGCUGACUCCAAGCCAGUGGCUUUGCCAUUCUUGUACACAUACAACCCCAACGAUGGUUUUGCUCCAAUCUUAGAAGUGAUGGAGAACAGAAACGACAGAAUCAAGAACUUCUACUGGAAGUUGUGGUUCGGUGCCGAUGUUCCUUACGACUUGAACAUCAACGUCCAGGAAGAAAUUAUUGGAGAAGAAAUCACCAUUACUGGUCAGGAUAUUUCUGAAUUCACACAUGCUAUUGGUAACAAAUGUGAUGCAUUUGUUACUAGACCAGGUAAGGUUACUCUUGCUCCUAUGGAUUUUGCCAUUGUAAUCGGUUGGAGAGCUAUCAUUAAGGCCAUUUUCCCAGAAUCUGUUGAUGGUGACUUGUUGAAGUUGGUACACUUGUCUAACGGCUACAAGAUGAUUCCAGGUGCUGCUCCUUUGAAGAAGGACGAUGUUGUCAGCUCUAAGGCUGAAAUCAGAGCUGUUUUGAACCAGCCAUCCGGUAAGAUGGUUGAAGUUGUUGGUACUAUCUACAGAGAAGGUAAGCCAGUAUUAGAAGUUACUUCUCAGUUCUUGUACAGAGGUGACUAUUCCGACUACGAAAACACUUUCCAAAAGGUUACCGAAACUCCUGUUCAAAUCGCUUUCAAGUCUCCAAAGGACCUUGCUAUCUUAAAGUCCAAGGAAUGGUUCCAUUUGGAAAAGGAUGUCGAACUCUUGGACCAAACAUUGACAUUCAGAUGUAAGUCUACCUACAAGUUCAAGUCGGCUCAAGUUUACUCUUCUAUUAUCACCACCGGUCAAGUCUACUUGGAGUUGCCAACAAAGGAAGUCAUCCAAGUAGGUACCAUUGAAUACGAAGCUGCCAAGUCAUAUGGUAAUCCAGUUACCGACUACUUUGCCAGAAACGGUAAGACCAUUGAGGAAGCUGUCAAGUUUGAGAAUGUCAUUCCACUUUCUUCUGGUGAAGAAUUGACCUCUAAGGCUCCAGGUACCAACGAACCAUAUGCAAUCGUGUCUGGAGACUACAACCCAAUUCACGUUUCCAGAGUUUUCGCUGCUUACGCCAAGUUGCCAGGUACUAUCACUCAUGGUAUGUACUCUUCUGCUUCUAUCAGAGGUUUGGUUGAAGAAUGGGCUGCCAAUAAUGUUGCAUCUAGAGUUAGAGCUUUCAGCUGUUCUUUUGUUGGUAUGGUAUUGCCAAACGAUACCUUGCAAACCACCUUGGAACAUGUUGGUAUGAUCAACGGUAGAAAGAUUAUCAAGGUUGAAACCAAGAAUGUUGAGACUGACAUUCCAGUUCUUGUUGGUGAAGCUGAAAUCGAUCAACCAAUCACUACCUACGUUUUCACUGGUCAAGGUUCUCAAGAACAAGGAAUGGGUAUGGACUUGUACAAGUCUUCAGAGGUUGCUCGUGAAGUCUGGGACAAGGCCGACCGUCACUUUGUCAACAACUAUGGUUUCUCUAUUCUUGAUAUCGUUCAAAACAAUCCUAAUGAAUUGACCAUCCACUUCGGUGGUGCUAAGGGUAGAAAGAUCAGAGACAACUAUAUUGGUAUGAUGUUUGAGACCAUUGGUGAAGAUGGUGCUAUCAAGUCCGAGAAGAUCUUCAAGGACAUUGACCACACCACGACUUCUUUCACCUUUGUUUCUCCAACUGGUUUGUUAUCUGCUACUCAGUUUACUCAACCCGCCUUGACUUUGAUGGAAAAGGCUGCUUACGAAGAUAUCAAGUCCAAGGGUUUGAUUCCUUCUGACAUUAUGUUUGCUGGUCAUUCAUUGGGUGAAUACUCUGCUUUGUCAUCCUUAGCUAACGUCAUGCCAAUUGAAUCCUUGGUUGAUGUUGUCUUCUACAGAGGUAUGACUAUGCAAGUUGCUGUACCAAGAGACGAGUUGGGUAGAUCCAACUACGGUAUGUGUGCUGUAAACCCAAGCAGAGUCAGCCCAACUUUCGACGACGCUGCCUUGAGAUUUGUUGUUGACGAAGUUAGCGACAAGACCAAGUGGUUGUUGGAAAUUGUCAAUUACAACGUCGAAAACCAACAGUACGUUACUGCCGGUGACUUAAGAGCCUUGGAUACUUUGACCAACGUCUUGAACGUAAUCAAGUUGAACAAGAUCGACAUUGUCAAAUUGCAACAAACUUUGACUUUGGACCAAGUCAAGGAACAUUUGAGUGAAAUUAUCACUGAAGUUUCCGCCCAAUCCAUUGCCAAACCACAACCAAUUGACUUACAAAGAGGUUUCGCUGUCAUUCCAUUGAAGGGUAUCUCUGUUCCUUUCCACUCUUCUUACUUGAUGUCUGGUGUUAAGCCAUUCCAAAGAUUCUUGUGCAAGAAGAUUCCUAAAUCUUCUGUCAAGCCAAAUGACUUGAUUGGUAAGUAUAUUCCUAACUUGACAGCUAAGCCAUUUGAAAUCACUAAGGAAUACUUCCAAGAAGUUUACGAAUUGACCAAAUCUGACAAGAUUAAGUCUAUUCUUGAAAACUGGGAUUCUUACGAAAAGGCUUAAAUUUGUUUCCGUGGUACGAAAUAAAUGAGCUAAAAGUCUUGUACAUAUCGUGAAUCGGUUUUAGACAUGGGCUAAAAAAGAUGUCCAAAAUAAUCAUAAUCAUAAUCAUAAUCAUAAUAACUAUUCAUCCUGUCAUCUUCUGGGAUCGUUUAUCUGUUUAAUUUCACUUUUAUCAUCUUGACAUAGAUCUUAUGAUAUUUCUCCUUAUAGAUUGGUACGUGGUACUACCAGUUAUAUAAAAUUUAGAAUAGAGUGAGAUUUAUUUAUUGAAAUAUCCAGUGUUUAUAUAUAUACAAGGACGUAAUACAUCUAAUUGAAGUAACUACCACCAUUUGUAAAGUACUUUUAAAAAUAUGUCAUUAACUAUACUCUGUCUAUCUAGUGCAAAAACAAUGUAAAGCGAUCAUAUUCCUGAAGCCAAUGGGCUCGAAAUAUUGACAGGAGUGAACUUCUUUGGUAAAGAGACUCUUGAAAAUCUGGAUUUCAAUCUUUGAGUAACCAAAUCCAUAUCCAAAUGUCUAGUCAAACUGAGACGAGGUAUACAUCCAAUGUAGUGGUCAUCGUCCAAUUGAACAUCCAAUGGAUCCUGAGUAUGACAACCAGGAGACAAGGACAAUCUGAUAGAAUGUUUCUUUCCCGUUGGAGUGUUUGGAUCCUCAGCUUCGUACAACUCAAAAACAAUCUGGGACAAAUAGUCUAGUUCUGGUAACGAAUUUCUUGCAAUUUUCAUUGGAAUUUGAGAUCCAUAGAUAACAUUCAACAACGUGUAGAUGUGUGACUCUUUGGUGAAAUAGUUUACAACAGCAGCAGUAUCGUGUUUCUUCAUGUCCUGGAUGUCAGAAAGAAUCUGCUUAGCCAAAGGCAAAGAGGUCAACAAGCCGAUAUCCAACUUCUCUUCAUCCUUGAUACCAUAUUCUUGAGGACAGAUAAAGUCAAACAACACCUUUGACAAUCUAUAUAACUCUCUCAAUCUAGCAAAAGUAGGAUGGUCAAAUGGGUUCUCACUGCUCUUUGAAGAAGAGGACUUCUUUGUUGGAGAAUCCCCACUGGAAGAAUCACUCAUCGAAGUAGUGGCACCCUUCAAUACCCAGCCCAAAGAACCGGCAGAUGCAGGGGUAGUGGAAGAAGUGGCAUUGAUGAGGUUUGU